CUAUCUGCGUGCAUCUGCCUUUUUCUUGGUUUCUUCGCGCCGACCCGCCUCUGCUCGCCUGUUCGGUCCUGUGUCCCCGGCCUCCGUGCCUUCGCCGCUCCUCAGACGGAGACUGGGGCGGCUUGGCGAAGGCUGGCGCGUCCGGGCUGGGUUAACCCAGUGCCCUCGGACCUUGGUUUUACCAGGAUGUGAUGGGCGAGCGGGGAGCAGGCGGGGGCUGGGCCAAACGCACCAAGAAGGUUGGAAUCGUGGGCAAAUACGGGACCCGUUAUGGUGCUUCCCUCAGGAAAAUGGUGAAGAAAAUUGAAAUCAGUCAGCACGCCAAGUACACUUGCUCCUUCUGUGGCAAAACCAAGAUGAAGAGACGAGCUGUGGGCAUCUGGCACUGUGGUUCCUGCAUGAAAACGGUAGCUGGUGGUGCCUGGACCUACAACACCACUUCUGCUGUCACAGUAAAGUCUGCCAUCAGAAGACUGAAGGAAUUGAAGGACCAGUAGAAGCACCACCAGUGGAAAUUUUGCUAGCCUAUAAUAAAUGGGUUAAUUUAUGUAACAGAAC